UGAUGCCGGAGAUCGGGCGGGUUGCCGGCCGGUGCGCGACACUUUGGUCACGGAAGUGUCACUUUCGAUAAUUGCUGACUGCUUGGAGGAAAACCAGAAAAGGUUUCUGACGCCAUGCCAGUGACCCAGUUCAAGAACUGUCGGAUCCUGCGGGACCAUGAGCUGGUCAGAGAGGACCUCUGGGUGGAGAAUGGCCGCAUCAUCAACCCAGAGGAGCUGUUCUACGUGCAGAAGAGACCUCCGGCGUUCCAAGUCGACUGCCGGGGAUCUAUCGUCGCUCCCGGCUUCAUCGAUGUCCAGAUCAACGGCGGAUUCGGCUACGACUUCUCGUUUGACGAGGAUAAGACCGAGGAGGCGGUGUCGGUGGUGGCGCGGGGCCUGCUGGCGCACGGUGUGACGUCAUUUCUGCCGACAGUCAUCACCUCCACACCGGAGACCUACCGCAAGGUCCUGCCCCGCCUGAACAAGCGGCCCGGCAGCGAGGAUGGCGCCGGUGUUCUCGGCGCGCACCUGGAGGGGCCGUUCAUCAGCAGAGAGAAGAAGGGCGCCCACCCGGUGCAGCACAUCCGGCCGCUGGAGAAGGGCUUUGAGACGGUGAAGGAAGUGUACGGCUGUUUGGACAACGUUGCCAUGGUGACGCUGGCGCCCGAGCUGGAGAACGCCUGUGACGCCGUCGAGGGACUCACCGAGAGGGGCAUCGUCGUCUCCACUGGUCACUCGGCCGGCUCCAUCAUGGACGGCGAGCGCGCCUUCAAGAGCGGCGCCCGGUUCAUGACGCACCUGUUUAACGCCAUGACCAAGUUCCACCACCGCGACCCGGGCAUCAUCGGCAUGCUGACAUCCAAGCGGCUGCCGCUGCACGAGCUCUACUACGGCAUCAUCUCGGACGGCAUCCACACGCACCCUGCGGCACUCCGGAUCGCCUACAAGACGCACCCGAACGGUCUCUGUCUGGUGACGGACGCGGUGGCGCCGAUGGGCCUCGGCUCGGGCCGCCACCAUAUCGGCGACAUGGACGUGGUCAUUGAGGGCGAACGGGCGCUCAUCGAGGGCACGGACACCCUCUGCGGCUCCAUCGUCACCAUGGACGGCUGCAUACGACACUUCAUGCACUCGGCCAGGUGUACCACAGUGGAGGCUCUGGAGGCGGCCUCUCUGCACCCUGCCACCGCGCUGGGCAUCACCGCCCAGAAGGGCACCCUCGAGUAUGGCUCUGACGCCGACUUCGUGAUGCUCUCGGACGACGUGUUUGUGCGCGCCACCUACAUCGCUGGCCGGCAGGUGUUCGCCGCGCCCGGACAGGCGUUCAUCCACGAGCCCGUGCAGUAGGGCGGCGAGGUGAUGAGAGGUGGGGCGAAGUGUGGUAGGGUGGCGUUGGUUAGAUAUUUACAACAUACGGCUCAGUGGUGGGACGGCAGAUGAACUGCAGGUGUAAUUAGAGACCCGAGCGGUGGCGGAAAGUAUAAGCCAAAGUAAAGCCACGAGAGUGAGACGACA